CCUCAACUCUGGCCCAAUCUUAUACCCUGUUGCAAGGUGCUCGUCUCGGCCGAGCUGCAGUAGCGUUGCAACCCGAACAACGAACUCCCCUGUUCCAGUUGUGCCGAUUGGACAGCCCUUCCACGUUGCUUGGAUAACGGAUGAGCCUUCCGAGCCUUUGUCCCCGCCCACAACACGAGGUGACAGCCUGGAAAGUGCGGACAUUUCUCCACGGAUUUUCCCUGCUGACUGUGAGUGUGCGGCGUCCAACUCCUCACCAAGGCCAAAAAAAUAAAAAUAAAAAUAACCAAAAAAGCAACAAAAACGAAACACCACACUGUUACGCACACAGUAUACGCAAUACUCGCGGCCACCAUGCCUUCUCCGAGCCCUCCGCUCCCGUCGUCUCCGGACCACGUGGAAGUGGACACGGUGCCGGAGGGAGACGAGACGGACUCGGCAUACGGUGACGACGGCAGCUCGUCAGCCUCAACCUCGCUCCGCAGCAGCGUCCUCCGGUACGAAUGGAAGCACGGGCGGCGGUACCACGCCUACCAGGCCGGCAAGUACAGCUUCCCCAACGACGAGCGCGAGCAGGACCGGCUGGACAUGGUGCACCACGCCUACUUCCGCACCAUGGAGGACCGCCUGUUCCUCGCCCCCGUCGACCCGGACGCCGGCCUGCGCGUGCUCGACGUCGGCACGGGCACGGGCAUGUGGGCCAUCCACUUCGGCGACGACCACCCGGGCGCCGCCGAGAUCGUCGGCAACGACCUCUCCCCCAUCCAGCCCACCUGGUGCCCGCCCAACGUGCGCUUUAUCGUCGAUGACGUCGAGCUGGACUGGGCCGAGCCCCACCCCUACCACUACAUCCACUGCCGCUACAUGGCCGGGUCCAUCAAGGACUGGCCGCGGUUGGUGCGGCAGAUGUACGACAACCUCAAGCCGGGCGGCUGGCUGGAGAUGCAGGAGAGCGCGAAUACCCUCUACAGCCAGGACGGGAGUCUCACCAAGGAUGACCCUUUGAUGAAGCUGAUGGAUGGGUUGAUGGAGGCCUGUGACAAGAUUGGGCGGACCAUGGAUCCGGCGCCGAUGAUGGAGGGGUGGGUGCGAGACGCCGGGUUUGUGAACGUCAAGGUCGAGACUUUCAAGAUGCCGGUUGGCGCGUGGCCUAAGGAUCCGAGGCUGAAGGAGAUUGGGACAUUACUGGGGGUGAACUUUACCGAGGGUGUUGAGGCCUUCACGGCGGCCUUGUUUGCGGAUGUGCUGGGGUGGAGCAAAGAUGAGAUUAUGGUCAUGAAUGCGGGCGUCAGGAAUUCCAUCAGGAAAGGGGAGGCACAUGCCCUUUUUGACUUUAUGGUUAUUACAGCUCAGAAACCGGAGUGAUCUGGGUUUUACUCGGGAGGGAGCGAGGGUUACUUUCGUGCUUAUUAUCAUACCAGCGAGGACAAGGUCACAAAUGGGAUUGCUUAACUGCCACUGUUGAUUUAGGAGCUUAGCUAUUUCGAAAGAGCAUUU